CCUCAAAGAUUUCAUUCAUAAAUCCUCCGCCUUUUCCAAAUCCAAAAAAUUAAGGUGCCGGAGAUCGCCGGGUCCCUUUUCGACUCGGCGGCUGCUCCUUCGUUUCCUCAUCCCCCGUCUCCCGGUCCCCGACCCCUCCUCUCCCGCUCCGUCCAUGGACCGCAGGGUUUGCAGCUGAAGGCCUUCUCUCCAGCCGGGCCGGACCAUGAGCGAUGACUUAACUUUUUGGGAAAACACCACUGACAGCCCCACGACGGUGCCCGGCGAGGUGGGCACGCAGGAUGGGUACGUGCUGCUCCUGGUGCUGCUGUCCAUCUUCAUUGGGGGGACCCUGGUCCUGCUGUCGGGAAUCCUGAUCCUCUGCCGGCGCUGCUGGGAGACGGACCGCAGGUAUUCCAGAGCCAGCGAUGAUCCGGAGAAGACCACCGCCACGUACCUGGAUGACUCUCAGCCGGCUCAAGAUAUCACCAUCAAGGUGGACGAUCCCGACUGCUUAUCGUCCUCCAGCUACCGGGAUGUGGAGACCGAGCGCUUCCUGUCCACCGGCUCCACUGGCCGGCGUGUCUCCUUCAAUGAGGCCGCCCUCUUUGACCAGAGCAAGAAGGCGCAGGAGAAGGGGAGGAGGUAUACGCUGACCGAGGGGGACUUCCAUCACCUGAAGAAUGCCCGGCUCACCCACCUCCACCUGCCCCCGCUCAAGAUCGUCACUAUCCACGAAUGCGACCCCGGGGAGAACAUCCUCGCCAUGAAACCCCAGCGGAUCCCUCCUGCCCCCAAGCCCCACCUCUCCAUCUUCCAGCCUCAGCCCAGCGCCCUGCCGCUGGAGGCCCCCACCGGCCAUGCCGUGUGCCCUAGCUCGGCCCUGCCCGGAGACACCUACAACUCCACCGUUGACACCGGCUUUGUGGAGACCGCCAGCCCGUCCGUCUCCAUGGAGUCUGGGGAGGGCCCAUCGGGCGAUGCGGGCAGCGGGGCGGGCGAUGGUGGCAGUGGGGAGGAGGCCUCCCCGGCACCCGGCCAGGGCACCGUGCUGCAGUUCUUCACCCGCCUGCGGCGCCAUGCCAGCCUAGAGGGCACCAGCCCCUACUUCAAGAUCAAGAGGUGGACGCUGAAGACCAACCAGCGGGCGUCGAGUCUGGACACCAGAGGAUCCCCCAAGCGGCACCACUUCCGGCGGCAGCGGGCAGCCAGCGAGAGCAUGGAGCAGGAAGACCGGGCCCCCGCCCAGGUGGAUAGCAUCCAGUACAUCGCCCGCACGGAGCACGUGGCCUUUCAGGCCCCAGCAGGCCCCUUCCUGGCGGCCCCCGCCAGCCCCCCACCCACUCUCGGCAGGUUAGAGAAGGCGGAGGCGGCCGCGGUGGCAGCAGGAGCCCCCGACGGCGGCCCCGAGUCCCCGGUGGAGAGAAGCGGCGGUAGGACGGAGCGGCGGCGGCAGGAGCGGGAGCGGGAGCGGGAGCGGCGGCUGGAGCAGCAGUGGCUGGAGCGGGAGCCGGAGCGGGAGCGGCCGGAGCCGGAGCGGCCGGAGCGGGAGCAGCAGGAGCGGCGGCAGCAGCAGGCCCCCCCGGCGACGACGCCCACCCCCACCAUCUACCGGGACAUCUGGAGCCUGCGGGCCUCGCUGGAACUGACGGCCGGCUCGGACCAGGGCGGGGCCAACAACGACCGGGACUCGGUGCGCAGCGGCGACAGCGCGGGGUCGGCCGGCGGGGGGCCGGCCGGCGACGGGGCGGGGGCGGGGGGUCCGGCGGGCUCCUCCCCGCCCCCGGACGAGCCGCCGGCCCGGCCCAAGCCGGAGGAGGGCGACGCGGGGGCCCGCAAGCUGCUGCAGAUGGACAGCGGCUACGCCUCCAUCGAGGCUCCCGGGAGGGGAGGCGAGGAGCCCCCGACGGCCUCGGAGAAGCGAUUCUGCUUCACCCGGGCCGGCCGCACGGGCACCGUGUUCGACAGCUUCGAGGCGGCGGCGGGCCUGGCGGAGGAGGAGGAGGCCCGGGCGCCGGAGGGGCCCCCGGCGCCGCCGCGGCGGGACUACAGCAUCGACGAGAAGACCGACGCCCUCUUCCACGCCUUCGUCCGCCACGACCCCCGCUUCGACGAGGCCCCGGCCCGGCCCAAGCACCGGCCCCGGGCCCACCCGCGCCGCCAGUGGCAGAGGACCCGGCAGCACAGCGACCCCGGCCUGCGCCACCCCGCCGCCCUGGAGCGCCACCGGGUCCCCCCGCGCCGGGGCGACAGCGUCGGGGGCCAGCCGGAGCCCCGCGCCCGCCGCCCCCUCCCGCGCAUCGUCAGCUCGGGCGACGAGGAGCUGGGCGACGGGGCGGCCGCCGGGGGUCCGGAUCGCUCCCCUCCCCCGGCCCUCCCCGGCCCCGGCUCCGAAGCCGAGAUCCCGGCCAUCGAGGAGGAGGAAGACGGGGGCGGGGGGGAGGCGGCCAGGACCGCGGGACCCUACGGCUGUCCGGGUUCGGGCCACUGCCGGGGCCCCCCGGGCUCCCCCGGGGCCGAGCUGCUGGCCAAGGUGGCCGGGGGGCUGGAGGACAGACUCUUUCCCUGCUUGACGAAACCCGCCGAGAGCCCCGAGCCCACCGUCCUCCUCGCGGCGGCCGCCCCCACCUCCCCAGACCACAGCCCUGUGUAGUCGGGGGGCCGGGCGGUGGAGGCCGCCCCGUUCUCCCAUCGAUCGAUCGAUCGAUCGAUCGAUCGAUCGGUCUCGACGGUGGGGCGGGGGGGGCGGGGAGGGAAGGAGGGCGGGACUGCAUUAAUCCCAUUUCACCGCUGCACCUCCUGCCCUCCUACCCUGCGCUCCCUGAUCUUGGGGGUGGGGGGACACACAGUUGUUCUCACAGACGUGCCCCGUUUCCCUCCACCCCCUCGCCCCCCACCCCCAACCCUCCGGGAAGGGGGAGGGGUGUUGGUUUGAAGGGACCGCCCUUCCGCCCCAUCUCAAACGCUGCAGAACCCCAGCGUUUACCUCACAUCGUGGACUGGUGUAGCAGACACAUUCCCCGCGCCGCCCCCCCCCCCCCCCCAGCCCCACGCUCGCACACGCUCAUUUCUUCAUGUGGGUUUUUACAAGCAAUAACCUCCCCUUCCCUUGCCAGCAGUGGAAACUCCCCCCCCCCCCCUCCCCCGCCCCGGGCCUCCGGCCAGGGGGCAUGGGCGGAGGGGGAGCGGGCCCAGGGCCUGGGGUCGCAGGCCAGGCGUCCCCGAACUCUCCUUUCCCCCAUGCCAACUUUCCAUCGCCUGGGAGGGGUCGGGGAGUCAGGGGCCGGGGCUGGCAGAUAGCACAGAACGACUGGCUCGGGGACCCGAUUUGGGGUCCUUCCGGUUCCGCUCAAAAGCUCUCAGGUCUUGGCUAGCAGGAAAAGCAGGGAGUCGGUGGCGUCGCUCCUCCCGUUCCGUCCCAGCUCCGCAAGGACAGUGGUCAGAGGCCCGGGUUUGGCUGCUGGGAUUUCACCCUCUCCUCGCCCCGGCCCCUCCCCGCCGCCCCGCCAACACCAUCGUCCGCCAGCCCGGAGCGGGCCCCAGCCGUCAGGUGCCUUCUGUGGAGCCGUCCUCGCCGCUCACCCUUUCCUUUUCGCCCUGGGCAGGUCCCAGGAGGGAAGGGCUGAGGGGGGGCCGGGGGAGGGGAGGAGGAAGUGCCGUGGCCAUCCCGAGCCCCCUCUCCCCUUCCCCCCUCCCCCGACACCUGCUCUAACCCCCUGCCACCCUCCCCGUCCCGGUCCGGCCCGUUCUCCGCUGCUGCUCCCGAGGUCCGGCCCAAAACCUUCGGCCCGGCUCUGUUAGCCUGCGCUCCGGCUCCCCCGCCCGGUUUAAAUCCUCCCCUCCUUUGUUGAAUGAACAAAUGGUUUUGUGUUAACUUAUUAAUUUAUUUCCUACGUCCCGGCUCGGUGGCGGCCAGAUGUGUGUUUCCAGCAGCGUCGGGCAGAAAUCUCUCACCCAGCACGGUGUGGGCCAAACCCAACCAGAGGGGGAGGCGGCUCCUCGCCCUCCCCCGUGCGCCGAGAUCCGCCCGCCUGGCGCGCCGCCCCCCCCUCCCGCCCCCCGCCGUAUCACUCUCUCGCGUUUCGACUUCUGCAUGUGAACGAACGUGUGGCGAGGGCCGUUCUCAUCUCCCUCCUACUGUUAGUGAGUCGCCAUGGGCCAAAGCACUGAAAAAAUAAGAUUAGUUUUUAAAUUUAAGUAAAAAAAAACCUAGACAGA